AUGGAGCCAAGGCCAUUUUUUUUCUCCCUAGAAAGGAAGCAAUUAAUGCCUCCUGUGGGGCCCCCGCCCCCGUCUGCGCGUCGCAGUGCAGCAGCUGCUGCAGCAGCAGCAGGCACCGUCAAAAGCAUAAUUGAUGGCACCUGCAGCAGCACUUGCAUGCACAUUCCUUGCUGCGCCCCCGGCAAGAACUGCAGCAGAGUUCAGAAGGUCCCAAAGCACCUGCAGUCGAACGAAAUGUACCAGGUGCUGCAGCCCUCUGCGCACCAGCAGCUGGGAGCAGCAGCAGCAGCAGAAGCAGCAGCAACUCGCGCUGCAGCGGAAGCAGCUGCUGUUGCUGCUGAAGCCCCAGGCGACCCCGAAGACGCCCAAGGUGUACAGACACUCCAACGCCCCGCACAGGGCCGGAGAAGCCGCCUCCGCCUCGCCUCUGCAUGUCCAGCAGCAGCAGCAGCAGCAGCAGCAGCAGCAGCAGGACUCUACCCCUGGUCUCAGGGGCCCCCCCCGCCCGCCCCCUCGCUCACCUACAGCCGGCAGCAGUAUUUGCAAACCCGAUCCUCCCAAGGGAAAGCGGAGAUAUCCAAUGCCUACAUCUCCGAAUUUUAUUGUCUUUUGUCCAGCAGCAGAACAGUAACGCAGCGCAGCAGCAGCAGCAGCAGCAGCAGCAACUGCUGCGUUGCUCUGUGCAGAGAAAAUAGCAGCGAAAGCUGUGCCGCCAAAUGCAGCGUCAGCAGCAGCAGCAACAGCAGCCUCAGCUGCACCCGCGAAAAAUGCAUUCAAGGCAGCAAGCCACAGCAGCAGCAGCAGUAG